UUGAAGGACAUCGAAGCAACAAUGUCGACAUUUAUAGAGUACUGUCCAAUUGUUGUCCGGGGUCUGGAGUCGCUCAGUCAGCUUCAUCCAUUUAUUGGCAUUGCCACAAAGGCUUUCUCUCUGGUGAUAACCAUGGAUCUCACCAGGAGAAAUAACAACUGGAAGGUCAUUGCACUCAAGAUGCAGAUCCAGGACACAAUGAUGAUUUUAUUUGAACUUCGUCAUGUAAAAGAUCCAGAUCAGGAGGAUCCUGACGGAAAUACCAUGGAAAACAGAAUGGGUACCCUCGUGAAGAAAAUAGCUGAAGAUAUCACCGAAGUAGGAUCAGCAUGUGAUCACUAUAUAAAAAAGAGUUUUGUUGCUAAAACUUUGAAGUCUUCAAAAUAUGAGGCCCGUCUAGCAGCAUAUGGAGAUAUCUUUGCGGAACACCAUAAAAAGCUUAAACUUGCUCUAAGUAUUCACACAGUUCUUGGUGUUGACUCUGCCAACACAAAACUUGAUACUCUCUCUUUGCAAAUGGAGCAUGUCCAGGUUGCCAUGGCAGCACUACUUCAGAAAUUGGAUACAUCUAGGGAAAAGGAUCUUAAAGAUUUCAUUGAUAUGCAUGGUGGACCAAAGGCUUGUCUCCAGGAUGAUCAGCUUGUGCAGAUGCUUAUUAAUAUCAGUGGAGAGGGUAUUUCAGCAAUCACAUCCAUCAGCACAGGUGACAAUGCAAAAAAUCUUGAGGCUGCAAGAAAGAAGCUCAGUGAAGAUUAUCAUGAAGAUUUGGACAAGACCUUCCAAAUGAAUCGAAAACUGUUCGAGAGAAAGAUGCAUAUGCAGGAGAAACAGAUGCAAACAUUUAUCAAGGAUUCAUUUCACAGUGAAGGUUUAAUCAUAGUUUCUGCUUUGAAAGCAGGAGCUCAUGACCGAAUCAUUGAUGCAGAUUGGAAAGGGAGUGUGGAGGCCCGACAUUUUGUCCUUGCAUUGCAGGAUUUCUACAUUGAGAACCUAACUGGCUUGAGCAGAGUUGCAUCCCCAAUCACUCCCACCUCAAUAGCCAGUAGCAACUGGCCAGUGGUAGCUCUCCCAAAAGAUGAUAGAUGGGCUCUCAAGUAUAUCAAUAUCUCAAAAGUACAACCAAUCCUUGAAGCCAUUGAUGAUGAUGGGACCGGAUUCAUCAGUAUCAAGGAAGUUAACACUUUUGCUCUGUCCAAACCCAAAGGCUGGAGUCUUCCAGUAUGGAUAGCGUACUGGGCAACUGGAUGGCAUGUAGUCAUAGCCCAAUACAAGGACAAGAUCCACGCCGUAAUUCACGAAAUGUUCAAAGUUAUUGAUUACAAUACACGUACUGUAUUGCCAAACAACAAACGCAAUCUACCUGCAAACCGCUCCAAGAUUGACCAGUAUUUGAAGUUGGGGAUGUUUUAUCGUAUCGAUCUGCUUCUUCGCUCAUUGCGGCCACUUGGUAACAACAACAUCAACGAUGUGAGGCUUGAGCAAAUCAUUGAUACCUACUCCAGUUCGGAGGAGAAAAGGCUGGAGGAAAAUCUAGAGCGUGUGGCUUAUGACAUUGAUACUCCGGCAACAGUAGCUCUUGUUACU